AUGGAGAUCUUUGUGAAGACCCGCAUUGGCUUGAACAUGACGCUUGACGUUGAGUCCAGCGACACCAUCGAGGAGGUGAAGUGGAAGAUUCGGGGCAAGUCGGGCUUCCUUCCCUACCAGCAGUGCCUUGUCUUCGCCGGCCAGAAGCUCCAGGACGACCGCACCCUCGCCGACUACCAGAUUCCAAAUGAGGCCACCAUCUUCCUCCCCACGCUUCUUCGCGGUGGCUAA